AUGGAAUAUCACUUAGUAGGCUCCAAAAUAGUUGACACAACAUCGUACGAUCAAUGGAUUAAACUUGCGCAAUCAAACGAAGAUUUUCAAAUUUUAGCGGACAAAGAAACCCUCCAAAAAAUUGUUCACUCGUUUCAACUGCAAUUGAACAAACAGUGCAGAGAGUAUUUUGUUCAACAAUAUAUGGUUCGGAUGGUAGCAGUUGAAAAGGAAUUUAAUAGGAAGUAUAAUGUGUUAAACGAACAAUUAAUACAAGCACAAAACGAACUCGAAGCUGCAAAAGAAGAGCAGAAUACACUCAAACGAACGGUUUAUGCUCUUCAACAAAAGAAGUUGUUACUCGAACAAAAGUUGGCCGAAGUCAAUGCAACCUAUCAAAGUGUAGCAGAAAUGAAUGGACAGGCAACUCUUGAACAACUCUCAAAUAUUCACUUUCUUGAGAAGAAGUAUGCAGAAUUAGAACAAGAAGUCGCACAGAAAAAACAUUAUUACGACGAGAUAUAUCACCAAUAUGUUUACUUUCAAAAUGAGCUUGGGCAAAUAAAGGCCAAGAUACAAAAAUACACUGCACUGCUGAGUCAAAGUCGUUAA